UCUUUUCCCCUUACUUCUUAAUGUUUUUUUCUUUAUGAGUAAGCCUGGGAGGUUUCUGUGAAAUAGUUUCGCGGUGAAAUGAUGAUCUCGAACCAUUCCGUUUGCUUUCUACUUCUAGAUCACUUUUUGUGAACUGGUGGUGUUGAAGAAACUGAAUGAAUGGAACAGUUAGGGCAGAUAGGAAGUUUGCAUUUCACGCUCUCUGCUUGCCACAAGACACAGACGACACCGUGUCUCUGAAGGGACCUGCAAUCGUUGGAGCUGUGUCCCCUGAGGGACUCUGAGGACCUCUGAAGCAGCCAAGGGUGCAAUGAUGGAUAACCGUUUUGCUACAGCACUAGUAAUAGCUUGUGUUCUCAGCCUCAUCUCCACCAUCUAUAUGGCAGCUUCCAUUGGCACCGACUUUUGGUACGAAUACCACACCCUGUCCCCAGCUGAGAAUGUUAGUGAAGCUGGUAGGAGCAUCUUGGAGGAAUUUGUCAGUGAAGAGGCGGAUGAGAAGACCUACACAGAUGCGCUCUUCCGGUGCAACGGCACGGUUGGAUUGUGGCGGAGGUGCAUCACUGUACCCAAAAACUCUCACUGGUACAGCCCACCAGAAACCGAUAUGACUACAAACUGCAUCAGUUUUUCCCUCUCUGAUCAGUUUAUGGAAAAGUACAUAGAGCCUGGAAAUCACAAUAGUGGCACGGAUUUGAAUCGGACUUAUCUCUGGCGAUUGCAGUUUCUCCUGCCCUUUGUCAGCCUCGGCCUCAUGUGUUUUGGGGCUCUGAUUGGGCUCUGUGCUUGUGCCUGUCGCAGCCUUUACCCAGCCAUUGCCACUGGAGUCCUCCAUUUCCUAGCAGGACUUUGUACACUGGGCCUCGUUGGCUGCUAUGUAGCUGGGAUUGAGCUGCUCCAUAAGAAGCUGCCCCUGCCUGAUGAUGUGAGGGGUGAAUUUGGCUGGUCCUUCUGCCUAGCCUGUGUCUCGGCACCUUUGCAGUUUAUGGCAGCUGCUCUUUUCAUCUGGGCAGCUCGCACCAACAGAAAGGAAUUCACUCUCUUGAAAGCGUACCGUGUAGCAUAAGUGCUGCUACUGAAGUAUUGGGUUUCCAUGUUAUAGCCUCUUCUCCCCCCAGACCUUACUACUUUUUUCUUUUAGUCAGAAUUUUACCUUGUACUGCAUGCUUCUUGCCAGUUUAGACAAUUUAGCCUGCAGGCCCUGAAGACAAAGACCUCUGGGCUAAAUGACAGAAGUCUGCAGAACUUGAACAGGUUUUUUAAUUGGUUUUUUUUAAGAAUUAUUAUUUUUUUUUAAGCUUCAUUUGGUUGUUGACUAUCCCCUUGGUUAGGUGUACAUGCCCCUUCCUAAUUUUAUUAACCUGUCAGCCUGGAGGAAAUAGGAGUGGUGUUGUGAGGUGGAAGAGAGAUGGGAAAAAAAAAGAUGCAGGUAGGCAAGAAGGGGAACCUCAGUGCACAAAUAAUAGAUAAUCAGGAGCUGUCUGCUGUGUGACCCAAGCAGGCAGUACCUACAGAGAGCACCCAGGAGACAUGGGGGAACUCAGAAACCUCUAUUAUGGAAAUACUGUAGCUAAAUCAGUCCUGUAGCUUAGCUUUGGGUCUCUUAUUCUGACUGGUUUGCUAUUUUUUGUGGCUUCUGCCAAAACUGAUGCAGGCAGAGCAGCUGGCUGUGGGAGUGCCUGCACAGCACACCAUCCAGAAGUACGCGCUUGCUUUUGCCAGGGAGCGGGAUAAGUUGGCCCACGUGGAGCUUUGUGCUGCUCUAGCUACACUGCUUCCAGGACCCAGGCUAAUUUGGUAUCUGCUCUACAUGUGAUUGUGCACUCUAAUCUUAACUUGUGGUGCUUUUGCUUGCUGUGAAAUAAGGCUUUCCUCUCUCUUGUGUUGGAAACGACCCCUCACAAGUUUUUUGUUUUUAAUUUGGUUUAGUGUAUGUGUGUACAUAUAUAAACUUAAUUUUUUUUAAAGGUCACCUAUUUAUCCUAUAUAGCAAACAGGGUUUUUUUAAAAGGUGCUGCUCUUUCCCCAUCUUGCCCCAAACCUAUUGUUUAAAUGAAACAAUAAAUAAAAAAAAGCUCAGAAAUUUUCA